AUGGACUUAGUUGCGUUUCCGGCGAAACACAGGAUAGUUGGUACCCAUCUUGGGUGCCGGUGGCCACAGGUUCGAGACCGGUCCGCCUGUGGCGCUUGCGGGCAUGAAGGUUUGAGUCAGCUUGAAGACGACAUGCUGGACGCCCUGCGAAGAUUUCAGCAUGUGCUUCCGCGCAACAAACGUAAGGUGGCUGGAAGGAUGCCAUCCAAGGGCCUUUGCAAGGGCUGCACACUGGGCCUUACGACGGACUACAAAUUUGGUGGUCCUGGCACUCCCGUGGUCUCUAAAGCCACCCGCGCACACCCAAAGCUCGUUCAGGUGCUUUGCAGAGGCUGCCGGGCUGCCUGUCCGGAUUUCAAGUUCACCUCAAUACAGGUCAACGUGAAUACCAAAUACAAGAUGCACACCGAUGGCUUUGAUGCAGGGCCAAGCCGAAUGGUUGCUCUCGGGGAUUUUUCACGUGGACGUCUGUGGCUGCAUGCGUCGCGGAACAACAGCUGGAGACUGGUGGAUGUUCGCAACACAUGGAUUGCCUUUGAUGGCCGCGAAUUCCAUCUCACGGAGGAGUGGCAAGGCAGCGAGAGGUACAGCCUAGUCUUCUUCACGAACCACUUGUGGGACCAGCUCGGGCCCGAGGAACAGCAUCAGCUCGGAGAGCUUGGCUUCCCCUGGCCGGAGACGGCCGAUGUCUUCCCGGAGGAGAUUUCAUGGCCCGAUGAGAGGCAGCACGCAGCGAUGCGCAGCUGGAGGUGGCUGCAACUGCGAAGAGCUUCGAGGAGGCUGCUGCAAGGCACGGAGGAAGCCAGAAGAAUCUGCGCGGGGGCAGAAGCAAGUGAAUAG